AUGGGUUCUGUUCACAAGAAGCUUCAAGUGCUCCUCGUGGGCUCGGGAGGCAUCGGUACCAUGGUUGCCUACGCCCUCGAGAAAGGAGGUAAAGCUGAGGUAGCUGCGGUCCUCCGUUCCAACUUUGAAGCUGUCUUCGACAAUGGCUUUACCAUUCACUCGGUAGAUCACGGCGAAAUCAAGGACUGGCAACCGACUUCAAUUCUCGAUAGUAUCCCAUCUGUCAACAAGGAGUCAUGGAGAGCCGCUUACGACUACGUCAUCGUAACCACCAAGAACGCGCCCGACAUCCCGCCGAGUCUUCCUGAUCUCAUCGCACCUGCCAUCACACCUGGCCACACCGCCAUCGUCCUCAUCCAGAACGGCCUCAACAUCGAGCGCCCUUUCUUCUCCGCAUUCCCCACCAACACCAUUCUCUCCGGCAUCACCUUCAUGGGCGCCAUCGAGUCGCCCCCGGGCACCAUCAACCACCACAACCACGACCGCACCUUCAUCGGUGCCUUCCACAACCCUGCCGCAGGCUUGCCUCAAAAGGCAUUUGCCACCGCCCUCGCCCUCCAUCUCAUGGACGCCUACAGCGCCUGCGGCCCCAACGUCGAUUGCACCUACGAGCCCGACGUCCCUUACUCCCGCUGGCGCAAGCUGCUAUACAACGCCUCGUACAACGGCGUGGCCGCCAUCCUGGGCAUGGACACGUCACGCAUGCGCUUCAGCGAGCACAUCAUCGACGAUUUGAUCCGCCCCCUGAUGCAGGAGAUCCGGGCGACGGCUAAGGCCGCAGCCGGCGUGGAGCUGGAGGAAGAACUGAUCGAGAAGAUAAUCACGGCUGAUGGGUAUGACAAGUGCUUUAAGCCGAGCAUGUUGCAGGAUGUGGAGAAGGGGAAGUUUAUCGAGUUUGAGAACCUUGUGGGUGAACCGCUGAGGGAGGCGGAGAGGGUUGGGGUGAAGACGCCGACGCUGAAGGUUGUGUAUGGACUGUUGAAGGGGUUGCAGUUUAAGGCGAAGGAGAGACACUUGAAGGAGGUGGUGGUGCCGAGGAAUGGGGAGGGACUGAAGUAUGGAGGUUGCGUGAGGUCUUAG